AUGAAUGGACGUUUGUGACAAUUUCAAAUAAUAAAAUUUUUCAUUACUAUAGUGAUAACAUAUCUAGUUUUAACUGUAUAUAUUAGUGUUAAAUAUACGUGUUUAAGUUCUAAACUAAUUACUUUAAAAGUCAUGACCUGAACGGUCACGGUUGAAGAACACUCCAAGACAGGAAUUAUUCUUUGAAGCACACUUCUUAAGAAACCGGGGGAACAUUUACGCUUAAACGAUGGAGUCGCCUAAAAUCGUAUACAAAUAUUACUCAAACCCAGCUUUCUGUGCACAAAGCGAAGUUUUGUUCGCACAGAAAUCAUGUGUAACGAAGAUCGUAUCACCAAACAGGCAGAGGAUGCCGCCAUUAGGUGCCAACUCGCCAAGAAAACAUACAGAAGUAAACAAUAGAAUAGUUAGAACUGAUAUAUCUGAUAAUCCAUUAAGAAUGUCACCGGCCGGUCGUAACAGAGACGAACCUCCGGAAUUACCGCCUAAACCAAUUAAAUUUCAAUCCAGAAACUUCUAUAGACAAUCAUCUUUAAUGUACAAACCGACACGUUCGACAGUCAGAUGCAGAACAAGAAGUGAAGACUUAGAAAUGGCAGAAUUUAGACAAAGGAGGAAUACAAAAUACGAUAGAAACGCUGAAAGCGAUGAUGGAUUAGAAGAUAGCAGGUAUAAGCAUAGAUACGAAGUUAUACCAGACGAUAUUGACGAUUUAAUUGAUUAUUCUCCAACGAAGAAGAGAAUAGUUGAAGCAGAUGCAGCAGAGGUUAUAGAAUAUAACGUAGAUGGACCUGAUGACAACGAAUUGAAAGAGAUACCUACAGAAAUUGUUAAAACCGUCAAUGGGAAGACGCACAGAUAUGCUAUUGUUCCGUCGGACGACGAGGAGCUUGUUAGGAAGAAUAAUGUUACCUUUUCUUCUCCAAUGAUGUCAAGAAAGGAUUUAAUAGCAACGCAGAAGCUACACGAGCUAUUAUCAACGCCGAGGAAGUUAAAGAGCUAUGCCAGUCAGCCAUCAGUUAGAAUUACGCCCAAUAAAUCAUCAGACAGUCCAAAUAGAUAUGUGGGAACACCGAAGAAGAUCAUCGCUAGUACGCCUACCAAAGGAGUCUCUUCCUCUAAAUCCUGUGCGAAUUUGGCUUCUAGAAGUUUAGCAACGUCGCCAAUUUCACCUAAAGCUCAGCAGAAAUUGAAUUACGGAUUGUCAGAUGAAUUUAAUAGGUCGGAUGUAUUUGUGACAAGUUUUAGAGAGAAGAGUCAUGAUAGAAGUUUAGAUUUUGAUAGAAGAAAUAGUAAUAGAGAUAGUAGAAGAACGAGGGAGCCGAAGAAGGAUAGAACAACUGCUGUUAUAAUGCCCAGGGUUGCACCGGCUCCUGAAUCGAUAUAUUCAGAUGAUACAUACAAAUCAAUCAAUAACUUGAAGACAAUCAAUGCUGCUACUGCCUCUUUGACCAUUGCUGCACUGAUGCUGACUUUAUGCGGUGGUCUGACUACUGGGCUCAGUUUCUACAUGAUGUAUGCUAUGGGUCGUCGAUACUAUCUGGACUUUGGUGUUCUGGCUGGUUUCACCUGCUUCCUGCUGGGUCUACUCGGCUUCAGAUCUAGGAGGCAACAGCUGUUGCCUAACAGGAAUUAUGUUUCUGGGUAUAUAGUUCUCUCGACGUUCUCUCUGCUCAGUGCCUUCGGACUCCUCAUUCUUCUGACCGUUCAACCUCAGCCUGGCUCUCCAGUCAAUGAUAUCACGUCAGGAGCUGUUUGUGGAGUCAGCAUAUUGUCUCUUGGUCUCGCCUCCAUUGGGGUAUUAGCCUCGUAUUGCUGUGCGAGAGAUCCCCCUGACAAUCGAGUGGGGACUGCAACGUGGUAUUAAGGUUCUAUGAUCAAUUUGUAUAUGUUGAUUUUGUGUAAAGUUAUUUGUAUGAGUAACUUUUUUUUAUAUACCAUGUAGGUGGCAAAUAAGCAUUCGGUCCAUCUGAUGGUAAACUGUAACCAUAGCCUAUAGUGACUCUUAAGAAAGCUUAAUAUACCCUUCUAGAAACCCUAUGCUGAAGUCUCUAGAGAAAACCUCGGCAGGUAGUUCAUUCCACA